UGUUAGCAAGUAAGCUAGUUUGUAGGACUUGCUGCGCAUGUACAUACAAAGCGGCGGGUGAUUACCGGGCGGUUUUCAACUUUAUAACUUAACCAUUCGGUGACACUGGUCAGACCCAAAAGAAGCUAACACCUUUUCGGUUAUGAAAUACUUUGUAUGGCUUGGUCCGAAACGACACAUAUACGAGUGGAGCGGUUAGCAUUGUACAGUACAGUAGAGCUAUGCCACCUUUCUUGACUUCACAAAGCUUUUAAAACACAUAAAAGAAGAUGUCCGAACAAAAAGCUCUUCGUUUCGGCCAGGUGGUGAUUGGACCUCCGGGUUCGGGUAAAACGACUUACUGCAGGGCUAUGCAGGAGUUCCUCACACAGCUCGGACGCACGGUAGUUGUGGUAAACAUGGACCCAGCUAAUGAAGGACUUCCAUACAACUGCGCCGUGGAUAUCUCAGAACUGGUCACUUUGGAUGAUGUGAUGGACGGUUUGAAGCUGGGACCCAAUGGCGGCCUCCUGUACUGCAUGGAGUAUGUCGAAGCAAACAUGGACUGGUUGGAAAACAAGUUGAAGCAGCACCACGACUGUUACUUCUUGUUUGACUGUCCAGGACAGGUGGAGUUCUACACGCACCAGAAUUCAGUUAAAAACAUUUUCUCACAGCUGGGGAAGUGGAAUUUUAGGCUCACAUCGGUGCACCUUGUGGACUCUCACUACUGUGCUGACCCAGCCAAGUUCAUCUCAGUGCUGUGUACUUCACUGUCCACCAUGCUACAUGUGGAGCUCCCACAUGUCAACAUCCUCUCCAAGAUGGACUUAAUAGAACAGUAUGGAAAACUAGCAUUUAACCUUGAUUUCUACACUGAAGUCAUGGACCUGAAAUAUCUACUGGAUCACCUGGCAGUGGAUCCCUUCUUUAAAAAAUUUCGCCGUCUAAACGAAAAGCUGGCAGAAGUCAUUGAAGAUUACAGCCUCGUCUCAUUUGUGUCUCUCAAUGUUCAGGACAAAGAGAGUAUGACGCGGGUGUUGGGGGCAGUGGACAAGGCCAACGGCUACUGCUUUGGAGACCUGGAGGAGAGGAAUCUUCAGGCGAUGAUGUCAGCCGCCGUGGGGGCAGACUUCCAGUUCGGCUCCACUCUCAGAGUUCAAGAACGCUACGUUGAAACAAAUGGAAAGAGUGUGGAGGAGGAAAUGGAGUUUUUGAAUUGCUGAAUGCCAACACACAAACAUCGGACCCGGACCUCUCCAGUUGAAAGAACAGACACAGUGGUAUUGAACUUUGCACUGAAUGACAACAUAGAUUUUUUUAUUCAAACACCUCAACUGUUAUUGCCUCAGUUUACUUUACUUAAUCAAUCAACACUCAAUCUUCAAUUUUAUCAGUAAGAAUUCAGUUGCCUAAAACGAGAAGGUGACUUCAAACUAUCCUUUUUUGGGAGUUGCAUGUCAUUUUCCAUCCAGCAGAUGGCAGCAGAUGUGCUCACAAAUCCUCCAGUCUGAUUUCUAAAAUUCUGCUCCAGAUUUUCUCCCCAACCGGAGCAGAAAAAUUAAGUCAGGCGGGGAGAGGAAGCCACAUUAAAUCUGUGUUUCUGCACAACUGGCCCUGUGUCUGGUCUUUGGGAUGGAAGACACACACACACUCUCUCUCUUUGUGUUCCAACUCUUUUACUUAGUGAUCACUAACUGUUCUUUUUGUGUUGUUUACCACUUUUAUGCUUUAAAAAAUAAUAUUGAAACAAACAUGUUUAGCGUUAAAAAAAUGCAUGCACCUUUCAUUCCUCAGUGGAAUCGAGCUGAAGUAAUGUGUGACAUGACAUCACGGCAGUGUGUGUGUGUGUGUGUGUGUGUGUGAGGGUGAUUACGUUUCACAUGGACUCCAUGCAUUGAGGGGGUGUGUCAGGCUGAAUGUAAAAUUCUGUUCCGAUGUUUGCACAUGUGAUCAACUAUGCCUUCUCAUUGGUACUUCCGGCCUUUUUCUCUCCCUUAAGCCCCCUAGAGGAUGGUGUGUGUGUAUGUGAGUGUGUGUGUGACUGAGAGAGAAACCACUCUGAGUGACAAAUUGAAAGAUAGUGUCUUGCAUUUAUAUAUUUAAAUCAAUACACCAUC